CCCGUGCUUUCUCUCAAGAAGAAUACAUACACCUGGUUGUGUAAAUGUGGUUACUUUUCUUUUCUUUCGAGUAAAAUAUAGACUGGCAACACAGUCGUCGAGCAGUACAGCGACAACAACACAGUCAUUCGCAGAAACACAAAAGUGGAGAGAGAGAGAGAGAAAUGAGAGAGAAAGUUGUUGUUGGCUGCUCGCAUGGGGAAAGUGACGGAAGAAGAACGGGUUGCCCCAAAACCCGAGAAAGCAUAGGAGCACCCGUUAGUUGAACCGCUUGGUUGGUUGGUUGACUGGUGGAUGGAUCAUCGCAGCCCAAGUUCAUACCGUUUUUGGUGUAAAGGAGGCAGACAGAUUCAGACAUGGACUGCUGCUUCUGCUUCUGCUGCUUCUGCUCUUGGUUGUUGAAGGGAAAAGGAAGAAUCUGUCGGCCGGGCUCAGAUCUGUUCUGAUCCUUGCAGGUCGCUCAGCUCAAUAAUAAGUCUCCGGCAGUCGGCGUUCGUUCGUACUCUGUCAACUCAUAUUAUUCCUGCUCCCUUUGAGAACAAGGGGUUUGAAUAGUUAACAAUAACACAGUCAGAAACAGUGGGGUGCUCAGACAUACAUCGCUGUCUACAAAUUCUCAAUAAUAUACCGUUCGAAGGAGAUGAAUAUUAGCCAAUCUACCGAAAUAGCAAUCGUUGUGAAUUAAACAUACUGUAAUACUCGUUUACACACAUAUCGUUUUAAGCCCAACUUGGCUCUUAGUCUAAUCCGAGGUGCUGUUAAAUUUGUGAUUUGUCAAUAUGGACGGUUAAACUUUGAAGGGAAAAAGUGGAAGUUUUUUUACGUACAUGGGAAAAUCUGGAAAGGUUGUUUCUCAGACCAACAGGUGAGGAUUGAAGGUGACGCGGUGGUAAGAAGAAGGUCAAGACACUGUUGGAGUUAAGGUCAUCAUCAAAGCGACCAAAUACCAAUGGACUAAACGACCACUCACCAUUGUCCUUUAAUUCUGACUCGGCCCAACUGCGACACACUCAGCUGAGGACGGAUCCUGCCGGAGAAAUUAAUAAUAGCAUCAUUAUGGACGGCGUAUCAUCGUCUUAGAAAGAAAGAGCAGGAGAGCAGCCAAGACAUAUAAAAGAGAGUGACAGGAUGGGCGGCGGAGCCAGUGUUCACAAACGCCGGGAUAACAGCUCAGACUCAUCCAACGACGCCUCAGCUCGUGGUGGAGGGUCGUCUUCAAGUCAGAAACAGUCAAAGUCCACCGGUUUCAAAAUCCGCAGGAGGAAACAGAAAGAAAGCUUGCAAACCUCAGCUCUUCGUCGUUCCCAACAAGGCUCAAUGGGCAAACUGGAACGGGCCAUGAAGGCAGCCAUCUUGAUCCAGCGAUGGUAUCGACAAUAUCUGGCUCGCAUGGAGAUCCGUCGUCGUUACACGUGGAACAUUUUCCAAACUGUUGAAUACGCUGGGGAACAAGAUCAAAUGAAACUGUACAACUUUUUCAACGCGUUACUCACCCACAUUCCGCAAAAACCGGUGAUGGAUAGUUCGUCAGGGAGAGAUUCGGUGCUAGAAACGGCUUCCCUGGACUCGUCGGAGAAUUCGACUGGAGAUGUAUCUGGACAAGGAAGCGGAUCUCGAGGCAGAAUGAAGCUACGAAAACGUAAAAUGUUCACUGGGAGCGGAAUGGCGGUAGAGUUGGAGGAUAUCAUGGUCGAAAGUGAUUACAGAGGACCGCAUGUCAAGCUUCCAAUGACGGUUCAAAAUUUGCAAGAAUUAAUUGACGGGUUCAAAAGCAAGAAGAUACUCCACAUCCGCUACGUUGCUCUAAUACUUCGUGCUGCUGCUGCUGCUCUGAGGGGACGACCAAACUUCAACCAGCCAUCGACAGCCCUUUCCAAGCAAAUCACUAUCUGUGGAGACCUACAUGGCAAAUUGGACGACCUUUUGGUCGUAUUUUAUAAGAACGGAUUGCCAUCACCCGAGAACCCGUACGUUUUCAACGGGGACUACGUGGACCGAGGUCGGAGGUCGAUGGAAAUCUUUCUUAUUCUCCUCUCAUGCUUUCUUCUCAGCCCUGACGCCGUUUAUCUCAACCGUGGCAACCACGAGGAUCACAUCAUGAACAUGAGAUACGGAUUCAUUCGAGAGGUGCGUCUGAAGUAUAAGGUUUUCGCCGGAAAAGCGCUGCACCUAAUCGACCAGGUUUAUCGAAGCUUACCUUUGGGAACAAUUAUUGACGGUCGUGUUCUUAUCGUCCAUGGAGGGAUAUCGGAAACCACGGACCUUAAAAUCAUUAGUGAUAUCGAUCGAUAUAAAUAUGUCUCAAUUCUAAGACCUCCGAUGGAUGAAGACGGGAGAAUAAUUCAACUCUCUGAUUUGUAUACUUCAACUACGAGCAGCUCCAGCGAGUGGAGACAGGUGCUGGACAUUUUGUGGUCCGACCCGUCCAACGGGGUCGGAUGUUCACCCAACACUUUUCGAGGUGGGGGAUCAUAUUUUGGAGCUGAUGUCACUGACAGGGUGUUAAAAAAGCACGGAUUGCAACUUCUCAUCCGCUCUCAUGAGUGUAAGCCAGAAGGAUACGAGUUCAUGCAUGAUAAUAAGUGUCUGACAGUAUUCUCUGCGUCAAACUACUACGAAGAGGGGUCAAACAAGGGCGCAUAUGUUCGGCUCAUUGGAGGCCCAACGGAACCUCUGGAACCGUAUUUUGUCCAGUUUAAUGCUGCAACGCCAAAACUGAGGAACAUGACUAUUCGCCAACGUGUCGGACUUGUCGAAGCAUCAGCAAUUCGAGAACUUCGAUCUCGAAUCUGUGAAAGACAAGAUGUUCUAGUUCAAGCUUUCAAAGCGCACGACCCAGAAUCAAAGGGUCUGAUCAGCUUGAACGAUUGGUGUAUCACGAUUGAGCAAGCGACGGAGCUGAAACUUCCGUGGAGACUUCUUCGCCCUAGGGUUGCCGAGUUGGACCUACCCACCGGGUUUGUCAAGUAUAACUCAACAUUUACAGCGGAAACCACUUCAACACAGGAGGAUGUCACUGUUGUGGACGUUCUGUACAGGAAUAAGACGAGUUUGGAAUCCAUUUUUCGUAUCAUCGACAAAGACAACUCUGGUUACAUAUCAAUGGAAGAGUUUUCUGAUGCGUGUGAUCUCCUCGGUCGGCAUUUGGCAUCGCCAAUCCCGCAACAGCAAAUGGCCGAAAUGGCACGAUGCAUGGAUAUGAACAAGGACGGGAAAAUUGACCUCAACGAGUUUCUGGAAACAUUCCGCAUCGUGAGCAGUGAUCAAGAGGUUGACGACAGUUUGGAGUAUGAAGAGUUGGAGGAUUAAAAACAAACAAGACCUGAUGCUUUGCUAAAUUAUGCAUCCACUCACCGAAUCGUUUUCUUGCCGUUGUUCUGAAUUAUGGUGUAAUUAUUAUUAUUUUUAUCACAUUAUUCCUCAGUUUAGGUUUGUUUGCACGUUUUUUCGCUCUGCUAAAUACAUGUGUUUUAAUAAACAGGACGUGCACAAGGUUGAAAAAAUUAUUAUGGGUUUCGCUUUAUCUAGUAUUACAAAAAAAAAUCUAUAGCUUUAAUAGGUCGACAAUUACCUCAAAGUUCCAUUGUAAAAGUUGUAAAAUAUGUAGGAAAAACAAAACUUUUAUUGAUUUAUUACUUACUUUUAAAUAAGAACACUCAUAUUCCAACCAAUAUCAAUUGUGAUCAGUUCGAGUAUUAUACAUAACUUUUAUGAUGAAGGAAAUUAUUAUAACAAAAAAUAUUGUGCCCAAGAACCGAGAUUAUUUCUAAUGACUUGCCAUUAAUUCAUGUGUCCAAGAUUCGUGUUCUCUUGGGAAGAAAUUCCUAUUGUUGACCUUUUUAAAUGCUAAGGUUUCACUACAAAAACUGACUUGAAAGAGUUUCUCUCAAGUUUUAAUGAACAUUUCAAUGUAAACAUAUACAAAUACCUAUCUAGCUAACGUUACAAUGUGUGCAUAGUUAAAUACUGUACCGUGUUAUUUGUAUACCUGUCCUCCUCCUAUUAACCCACAAUUAAACAUACCUCUGUGCUAAUGAUUAUUAUCCCGGCGACGAAGACGAUGACUUCAUCUACGUAAAAUAUCAUGAUAUCACUUAAUUGACUUGAUGAACAGUGUUUGAUUAAAGAGACGAAAAUGUCCCGUUGAUAUGUACCUCGUGAACUAUAUACAUGAUCCAUUCAGUCAUAUCUAUCUAAUCCGGAUUACCUAAACUACUUAUAUCUGAAAUGAUCAAAAAUAUCUCAACCAUAAAAUAUAAGUUAUAAAUAUAUUUAUCUCAAAUCUCAAAGUUCACAAUUUCUUACUGUGCUGAAUAUUAUACAAUAAUGUUAUAUCACUUGUGAACUCUGUCUAUAUACUUAAAAACCUUAUAUCAUUCAUUGUAUAAAAAAAUAGUUGAGUUGCGUACAAAAUUUCCCGUGUCAAUAAACUUGGUUUGAAAAUUUUUGUA